UGUUGUUAUUUUGCGUCAAACUUUCAUCGGGAGAGGGCGUGUGUCGCGGACGCCGAAAGAAAAUUUGUUCGCGUAUUUUUCUCUAGCGCAAGAGAAAAAUAAAUCGCAAAUAAAUAUUAAAUAUAUUAUUGAAGUGAAAAGUGCAUUGUGGAGUGGCAAGUGUCUAAACAAUCGCAAUGAUAUUAGAUUCGAAGAGGCCCAAACGACAACAAACUAGACAAUCGCAAUGGCUCAUUGAACAUCGCAAUGUGUUAAAAAAAUGCUACCUAUCGGAACGGUCUCGUUGCGGCAGACGGUCGGUCAGUUAUUAUCAUUUUUUUAAGCACAGUCGCGGCUUCCUUUGGCUCAUCCUCUGCAAUAUGUUGCUUGCUGCCAACAAAAGUGAUGCACAGCUGCUGAUAAAUGUACAAAAUCAGGGUGGCGAGGUGAUACAGGAGAGCAUUACGUCCAACAUUGGCGAGGACUUGAUUACCCUGGAGUUUCAGAAGACCGACGGUACUCUCAUCACACAGCUGAUCGACUUUCGCAAUGAGGUGCAAAUACUCAAGGCCUUGGUGCUGGGAGAAGAGGAACGUGGCCAGAGUCAGUAUCAAGUGAUGUGCUUUGCAACCAAGUUCAACAAAGGCGACUUUAUCUCGUCGGAUGCAAUGGCCAAGCUGCGCCAAAAGAAUCCUCACACCAUUCGCACCCCCGAGGAGGACAAGGGACGCGAGACGUACACGAUGAGCAGCUGGGUUCAAUUGAAUCGCUCGCUGCCCAUCACACGUCACAUGCAAUCGCUCUGUGCGGAGGCCACAGAUGCCACCUAUGUGCGUGAUGUGGAUCUCAAGGCUUGGGCCGAACUGCCAGGCUCCUCGAUUUCCAGCCUGGAGGCGGCAACCGAGAAAUUUCCCGAUGCGCUCUCCACGCGCUGUAACGAAGUGAGCAGCCUGUGGGCGCCGUGUCUCUGUGCGCUGGAAACCUGCAUCGGUUGGUAUCCGUGUGGACUGAAGUACUGCAAGGGGAAGAGCGCAACGAAUGGGGGCGACACGUCCGGCGCCCAACAGCAGCAGCAGCAGCAGACGAAUUAUCGUUGCGGCAUCAAGACCUGCCGCAAGUGUACACAGUUCACCUAUUAUGUGCGGCAGAAACAACAGUGCCUCUGGGAUGAAUGACGACGCGGCGAGCUGCAGCUGCUGCAGAUGCAGAUGCAGAUGCGAUGCGCCAAGCGGGAGCGGCAUGAUGAUGCGGCAUGUGAUGCUGCAGCGGGAAUUGCAAGUGAAACAACGGCAAAUGCAAAAGCAAAAGCAACGACAAUAACAACAACCACAACGGGAGCAGCUACAACAAGAGUGACAGCGGCAAAAACAAGAACAAAAACAAAAACAACAACGACCAACAAAUUACGCCAACUGCUUUUGUUGGUGCAACAGCAGAUGCCUUUUGCACUGUGGAACUUUCCGGUCCAUCACAUUUCCCAUCAUCAUCAUCAAGAGCAGCAGCAGCAGCAGAAGCAUGCUCAGCAGCAGUCCCAUGACAUUCAUUCCCUUACCCAAUCCCAGUCCGAGUCCUCAGACUCCUCAAAAUCCCAGGCUGAAGCCCAUCAUCAUAAUCAUCAUCACACAGCUACCGCCGUCUUGUCGCAUCACCCAUCAACAAUGGCCGCCAUCGUGGCGUGAUAAUGAAAGCAGUGAAAGGACUCCUCGGACUGGGGAAUGUGGAGGGAGAAACAUGGACACGAACACUCACAACUAACAAGCAGCAUUAAAACACACUCAUUGCUCUCACACUCUCACUUCAGUGUGUGUGUGACACUCUUAUUAUUUUGUCUUUUUUUUUUUGUAUGAUUAUUAUUAUUAUUUUAUUUUCAGGUUCAUGUAUCAUUAUGGGCUGUAUAUAUGUAACUAACGAAUGUCUAGAGUAGAGAGCCAACAUACAAACUACAUUUACGCUUAUGCUUAGUCAAUGUCUGAUGAGCUGAAUAAACAUUUUCAAUAAUGUCAACACAAUUAAUCAAUAAUAAUUACCACACUGAUAAUCAGAUCCCGCAUUUUCCUCAUUUCCAUACUUGUUUCACAUCAUUUUCAAUGCUGAUUAUCUCAUACACCUUUUCUUGCUGUGCUUCUCUGUGUGUGUGUUUAUCUUUUGCUUUUCACAUUAAAUAAUGAUUCAUUAAGUUUAUUGACGCAGUUCGACAAAAUUUCCAGCAUUUGCUUUUGUGCCUUCCUUUUUCGUUUUCCAUUUGCCGUAAUUAAUGUGUGUACAUAAUAAUACAAAUAAUUGUCGCUUCAUUAAAUUUUCGCUUUACGCUCGUUUUUCCACCUCAACCUCAAUCAUACUUAUUAUUUUCUCUCUCAUAAUUCGAUUCAAGACGCUCAAGCAACAGAAAAAUAAUGUUUAUAUAGCAUUUAGAGUCGAGACACACAGACCCACAGUUCUCUAAAUCUGUUUUCCCAGCAAUUCAGAUGGUAGAGUUUGAGUUUGGGAUUAAAUUGAGAUUCUUUCGUUUUCAUUUUUGGCAUCACAUUUUUUACGAGAACAAAUCGUGGGUCUGUUUAUUAAAGAAUAUAAAAUUAAAUGUGGCCUUAGCAUAUUUUAUGAGCGCAAGGAUUUGGCGAACAUUCAACAACAACAACAAAUGAAAAAGCAAACACACUCCAAACACUGUCUGAAUUGUGCUCAUAAUAGUAAUUAAAGUUUUACUUACUUGCCAUAUGUAAGAGAGGGUAGUUUAUAAUGUUUCGUAUACAUACUAUACUAACCAAAACGACUGCCGCAAAUGCUUUUUUACAUAAUUAUCCCAAAGAUGGCUGUUCAUUAAAACCCAAAUAACAAAACAAAAAAAAACAAAGAAUUCUAUUUGUAAUUAUGAAUCUAUUUUUCAUUCUUUCUCCUCUAAGAUUUUAAAUCAUUUAAUUGUUCCGCCUGCCUUUAACUUGAUAUUUGUCCUCAACAAAACUUUAUCCAUAUUAUAUAUAACCUUGAUACUAUAUUUAGAUGAAUGAGAUAAUACAAAUAAGAAUCGAUGGAAACACAAUACCAAGAACAAUAAUCUAUUGUAAAAUUUGACAAAAUAUAAAUGCAAAAAAAAAAAAACUAGUGUCUACUUUAGAGUCUACUUAGAAUGGCUAU